AUGUUAGCAGAGUUGCUAAAGGGGACCAAAUCAUUAGAGAAGAGUUCACAAGAAACAAGAGAAUCACUAAAAGACUUACAAGAAAAUCACGCAUCGUUAGAGAAGCGUUUACAAGAAACUAACGCAUCGUUAGAGAAAAGUUUACAAGAAAACAACGCAUCACUAAAGGAAGAUUUACGAAAAUCAUUAAGGGAAGAUUUACAAGAAACUAUAGCACAAGAGAUCAAAACAUCGCAGAUGAAGAUGGAAUGUAGUCUGAAGAAGGAAAUACAAGAAUUAGAAGAACGACUGAAGAUGGACAUCAACGAGAGAGAGAGGAAGCUACAGAAGAGCAUAGACCAAGUCCAGGGGGACGUGGAGAAGAUGGAAGGAAAGUUAACAAAAAAGAUGGAAGACGAUAUUGAAGAAACGAAAGCCGAAUUGGGAGAAAGAAUCAACGAAGUGGAAACGAAUUGCAAUCAUCGAAUCGCCGAGGUGACGCAAAUGCAGAAACAAUGUAAUGAUGCGGUUAAGGGGAUAGGAGAUAGGCAAAACCAACUGGCCGUCAAUCUGAGAAAUGCUAUAACCGUGCAACGAGAGGAGGAUAACAAGAGGGUUGCAAUGGAGGUCAGGCAAUUACAACAGGGAGUGCAGCAAUUGGAGAGCAAGACAGAAGACAUUGAUAAGCGAAUUAGCAAUGCCACCUUAACUGUUGGGGAAGAUAGAGUGGAAGGUGAGGCCUUCACUUGGGGAGUCAGGAAGAAGGAAGGGACUACUAGUUAUGAUCAGUUUGAAGAGGAAUUCUUGAAGAAAUACUGGUCCAAAGGUCAUCAGUGUGCAGCAAUUGAGGACCUACUCCACCGCAAGUCACUUAAUACAUGGAGAGGAACGUUGAGAGAGUUUGCUGAACAUUUGUGGGAAUUGAACGAGACCUUGGAACAGCCCCUGAGUGAUGACGUAAUGAUAUCAGCAAUAAAAAGAAGAAUGAGCCGGAGAAUGCAGGAAACGGUAUCCGGGAGCCUAAUUAAAGAUAGGGAGGCCUUGAUGGAAAUACUGGAACAGUUGGAAUCUGUUCGAUCACAGGAACACAAUCAGGCUAAUGAUCGAAACCGAGGGGGAAGUAAUGACCCAAGGAAUCAUUUUGGUAAUUCAUCAAAUUAUAGAGGAAGAGGUGGUAGCCAUAGGUACAGGAACCAUGGUGGUGAACGGCAAUGGAGAAAUGAUUGGAGAAGGAGUGAAGAACCAAGAGAUGAUGAUGAUGAUAGUGACAGGAAUUAUGAGAGAAGAGGUGAUAGACAAAGGGAUCAAGAGGUACGAAUUGAAGAAAGUUAG